AUGGCUGUUUUUACUCAAACAAAUAAUACACAUUUUGUGUUAGAUACUUCACAACUCUGGCAAGUUGUUGAUAUACAUGAACAAUUUCAAGAUAUAACUGUUAAUUCUCAAGCAGGAUAUUAUCAUAUCAAACAAUCUUGUGAUUCAUGUGGAGAAACAAAAAUCAUUAACAAAAAAUGGAAUAUUUUAACAGCAGGACUCUCUAUAAAAAUACUUAUUAAAUGUCAAGUUUGUAAGACGGUUAAAGAAUUUUCUAACGAAUCAGCAGAAGUAAAUUUUAAUGCUUGCUUCGCUGCUGCAGAUUUAGUUGGCAGAAUAAAUAGACAAUCAUUACAAAUGACUUUUAUAUAUGCAGAUGUUAUAUCACAACUCUGUAAAGCUUCUUACUAUAAUUACCAAGCUAUGACUUUUGAAAAAAUUAUGAAGUCAGCCAAAAUAAGCACAAAAAUAGCUUUACAAAAAGCUAGUGGUGAAAUAAUAUAUGAUGGUAAAGAUGAUGGAGAAGAUAAAAUUAUAAGAGAAGGCAACUUUGAUUUGAAUUCUCAUCAGAUGGAACACGCUAUUCUAAUUAGUAUUCUUGGAAAAUUAACUCCAAUUUUAGAAGAACACAAUAUGCUUAUAAAUGUUACUAUUGAUAGUGAUCUGGAUUCUAACAAAACCUUAGGAAAUGUUGCAGUUGUCAACCAAAUUUUUGCUAAUUUUAACUAUGUAUAUGCUGCAAGUAUUCAAAAAAGUGAGAAAGAAAAUUGUUCUAUACAGGAAAAAGAUAUUUGUAAUGUACAGACAGAAGUCUGUUGGAUAAAGAAUAAUCCUGAGCUGCAACUUUCAGAGCCUACUCUCAAAUUCUAUACUCUUUAUCAACGUGAAAAAUUUAAAUCCAUAUUAAAGACAAUCUUUCGUCUUCCUAUCAACCAAGAUAUUGAACUUAUACCUUAUGGCAAAAAAGCUCAAUGCAAUAUUGAUACAAAUCAAUUCUAUCCUUCUUUUGCUUUACAAAUACCAGAUUUUGAUGAAAUAAUAAAAUGUGUUACUUGUCACGCAUUUCCAAAAUGUACAGCAAAAGCACUUAUAGAUGAUCAAGUAAUGGAGUCGAUCAAAGCAGGAAUUUCUUGUGGUAGUCUUUAUACAUCAAUAGAACAACCAUUGCAAUAUCAAAAAAACGUUUUUGAAGAAAUUGCUUGUAGAUUAACAAAAAUUAUAUUUACAACUCCCAAGAAGUUUCAAAUGAAUACAGGCUUCAGAUCAAUACUACAAAGGUAUGAUACAACAAAUGGUAUCAGAUUUGUAGAAAUUACCACAAGACUUGAAAUAGACUAUCAACAAACUUCUCUUAUUCGUAACAUAGCUUUUGAGGAUAAUCAAAUUAUUUAUAAAAGUUAUGAAAAUAUUACCACUGAGCUUCAAAGCAAAAUUUCCAAAGAAACAAUUGCUAUAUAUCAUGAUGAAUUAUCUGCUAAACAAAAAUCAGCUAUUCUUUUAGAUUGGAGAUCUAGAAAAUUUCAAAUAAUGGUUGUCACUAACACAUUUGAAAUGGGUAUAAAUAUUCCAGAUGUUCGUAUAGUAAUUCAUGUAGGUUUCCUGAUGUCUAUAAGUAAUUUAGUACAGGAAAGUGAACAUGCAGGUCGUGAUGGAUUAUCUGUAAAGCCAGGAGAUUCAACAUCAAAUAUAUCAAAUGAAUGCAAUGUUUAUGUAGAAAAAAUGUUGGAGAUAAUAGAGAUUAUUACGAACGAAAGACAACAGAUAACAAGAAAUAAUGUAGUUGAUGUAUUCCAUCAGUCUCAAGCAAAGAAUAUUAAAAACAAGUUUGGAGAACUGCCAAUUUACUUAGAGAAAUUUUUAAGAAAACUCAAAACUAAAGAGGAUGCAUUUUUGUUAUUAGAUGAUUUAGUUUUACAUGAUCUUGUAAAAGAGGAUAUAAUCUUAACAAGAUCACUAACAGCACAAACAUUUACUU